AUGAUUGGAUGUUAUGAUUACGCAGAGAUUGCUGUUAAUCUGGUCAUUCCCGAGAGGGAGAGAGAUAUAAAUGGAAAAAGGUAUGAAGAUGCUGCCUUGAAAACACAAAGGAGUCUUGCUUUUCUGAAUUUUGGUCAAAAUGUGAUAUUUAGCACAGCUCUGUCUGCAGCUAUGGUCCUGUGUUCACAUGGGAUUAUAAAUGGACAGAUGACUGUUGGUGAUUUGGUUAUGGUGAAUGGACUUCUAUUCCAGCUGUCACUUCCUCUCAAUUUCCUUGGUAGUGUUUAUCGUGAGACCAUUCAAAGUCUUGUUGACAUGAAGUCAAUGUUUCAGUUACUGGAGGUACUUUCUGAGGAACUUACUAUGGUUUCCUUGAAUUUUAGGGGAAGUGAAUGAGUGUUUGAUUCUGUGACCACGUACNACCAGACAGAAAGAAAGAUUCUUGAUGGGGUAUCUUUUGUUGUCCCGGCUGGAAAAAGUGUUGCUAUUGUUGGAACCAGUGGCAGUGGCAAGUCCACCAUUCUUAGAUUGCUCUUCAGGUUUUUUGACACCCAUUCCGGGAGUAUAAGGAUUGAUGGUCAAGAUAUACGAGAUGUAACAUUGGAAAGCUUACGGAAAUCUGUUGGUGUUGUGCCACAGGAUACAGUGCUUUUCAAUGAUACAAUAUUUCACAAUAUCCGAUAUGGAUGUCUUUCAGCAACAGAGGAAGAGGUUUACGAUGCUGCCCGUCGUGCUGCUAUUCAUGAAACGAUCAUGAACUUCCCUGAUAAAUAUUCUACUGUGGUAGGGGAACGAGGGCUCAAGUUAAGUGGUGGUGAGAAGCAGCGUGUUGCCUUAGCUCGUGCAUUUUUAAAAGCACCUGCUAUUAUGUUAUGUGAUGAAGCUACUAGUGCACUUGAUAGCACAACCGAAGCAGAGAUAUUAAAUGCACUAAAAUCACUAGCAACUAAUAGAACGUCAGUCUUUAUAGCACACAGGCUCACAACGGCAAUGCAAUGUGAUGAGAUAAUAGUUUUGGAGAACGGGAAGGUAGUCGAACAGGGAUCCCAUGAAGUUCUAUUGACAAAGGCAGGGAGAUAUGCUCAGCUAUGGGGACAGCAAAACAGUAGCGUGGAUGCCCUUGAUACCGACGUAAUAUCGUCUCCUUGAAACUAAAAUUCUCAUAAAUAUAAUCAAUAUUGUCCAUAUAUUUACAUAACAAUGUAUGCAAAAAUCUGCAGAUGUAACCUUCCCCCAUUCUUUUAGUUUCACGGCCUAUAUUUCUUGGAUGAGAUUUAAAUCCUGACAUAUAUAGAGGUGAACUUGUGGCAUGAUUUAUUGUAAGUUAUAUGGUAUUGCAAGGAAAUGCAAUGCACAAUUGAAGAAUAAUUAAAAUAAAAGGUUGCUGAAGCCUAAGAGACCUUAAUCUGCUCUUUAUUUGGAUAU